UUAUGCCAUUACUGAUUGAAUGAUGCGAUAGGAGAGGUCGGUGGGUCAAUAAAAAUGUAUUUGUAGAAUUUAGGUGCUCGUCAUGGUUUUUGCUCUUUGUGUAAAAAAAUACGCUAUGGCUUUAUUUACAUGCAUCUCAAAAAUUUAAGAAACGCAGAGCAAAUUCCAUGUCUAGUAAUGUGGCUGUAGUAGACAUAUUGUUACUUUUGUUACAAUGUUUUAAAGUAAUGCUGCUGCAGCUAUGCUGAAAUUGACUCACAGUUUUUGCAGAUAUACAAGACUCACCUGUGAGGACAUAAAUCAUAGUAAUUUUUUUGUGAAAAACUACUCACAGUUUAGUAAAGGAAAGAUAUGUGUUACAUGGGACAAACAACAGACACAGCUAGCUUCGCAAGUUUAUUUUGGUGUUUGGUCUCAACGAUUGGUGAACAUAAAAAAGGGAUUCAGUCUCAAAAAAACGUUUAUAAACUCAAAUGUAACAAAGAGACGCAAGCCAAUGAGUGAUUCAUACGAACCCUAUCAACAUGCCAAAUAUCAAAUUCCCGCAGAUGAAUGCACAAGUCAAUCUAGCCAAUUUAGAAAACAACCAAGUGAAAAGACGAAGAGACCUCUUAAAAUACCUAACGACUUUCGGCUUUGGGAGCCAGUGGGAAAGAAAAAUUCUAACAAUGGAGGUAAUUUCAGGUUCCGUGUGGUCUCAUACAAUGUCCUAGCCCAGUAUCUACUAGAAUACCAUCCAUACUUAUACACAGACUGCACUCCAGGAAAUCUUAAAUGGAAAGUACGAGCUGCAAAAUUAUAUGACGAAAUACUCAGUCUAUCACCUGAUAUUAUUUGCCUUCAAGAAGUGCAAGUGUCUCAUUUAAAAAGUUUUUAUUCAAAAUUCGAGGACAUGGGGUAUUUUGGUAUAUUCAAACAGAAAACUGGUCAUCGUCAAGACGGGUGUGCUAUUUACUUCAAACAUAACCUAUUUGAUUUACAAGAUCACAACAGUGUGGAGUACUAUCAGCCUGAGAUGCCAAUAUUGAAUCGUGAUAACAUCGGCCUGAUGGUUAAACUCGCUCCAAAAUCCUCGUCAAAUACUCCAAUAGUAGUGGCCACGACACACCUCUUGUACAACCCGAAACGAACGGACGUUAGACUGGCACAGAUGCAGGUCCUGCUGGCGGAGAUAGACAGAUUCGCAUAUACAAAGAAUGGUUUAGGGGAGGGCUAUUUACCUAUAAUAAUUACAGGAGACUUUAACUCAACGCCAGAUAGCGCUGUAGUGCAGUUACUGGACAGAGGACAUGUUAGUGUAUCAUCGUUGAGAGACAAUUCGGACUGGGAGAGAAUCGGCGUCACGGAUAACUGCCAGCAUUUGGCGGUUUAUUUGAACAGGCAGAAGGGAGUUAGCACAGAUUUCAGUAUGGUUAAGAUACAAAAUUCGGACUACACGAAUAGUGCUCAAAACAUACAGCACGAGUCCAAAUACCGUGAGAUGUUCAACAGUGACGACGUCUGCCAUCCCCUCCGGCUGGCCUCCGUAUACGACACCAUGAAGAACGGUCUCAGCUACGAGGCUACCACCUACCAAGACCUGUGGAUUACUGUUGAUUACAUUUACUUUAGUUACUGCAGUUCUCUCCGGCUAGUGGAACGUCUUCGUUUGCCGACUGAGGCUGAAUGUGAGGUCCUCGGCCGUUUGCCAAACGAUAAGUACGGCUCCGACCACCUCGUGUUGGCUGCGACCUUCGAAUUAAAGACCUCCAAGUCCUCCCUGUGACUUAAUGGAAAAUACUCCGACGGGCAAUCAGCGCUUCGCUGUUGUAACUUUAACACAAUAUUUAAAUCGUCGUAACGAACAUUGAAUAUUUAAAUAUCAUUAAAUCUUAAUACAAUUCCAUAUUGUCGGCGGUUUAGUAUAGAUACAAACUAGUACUUAAAGUCGAACCGGUACCACGAUGUCACAAUUAGUUUUCCUUUCAGUAUUUCCGUUCGUCAUAAAUAAUUUAUAUAUUUAAAUAUAAUGACCACCAAAUAGACGCAUUUUCUGCCUUUAAGCCUACCAUAUAGCGAGAGCUUAGAACAAAAAAAAAAAUCAAGUUUAAAAAUAUACAAAUUUUUAAAAAAGUUUUGUCAAUUAACAUUAACUAUAAGGAACCUUCCGAUAUCAG